GUCUCAACCACAUCUUUGACCACUGGCACCAGACAAUAAGAACAACCCCGCGACCGAUAAAAGCCCACACACACAAACCCCAUAAAACCACAGAGAUACGAAGCCCGCAUCCAGCGCAUUGAGAUACAACCAGCAAAACACACACUCCUCCCCAACCGCCACCAUGGCAACAACCGACACCCUCCCUGUCGGGAGCACUCCGCCCUCCUCCCUCGCCUCGCGCCUCCUCACGCACGGCGCGCCCAGCUACACCUUCACAUUCACCCCCUUCCUCCAGCGCACCUACCAACACAGCCUCCCCGCCGACCGACCCAUCUGCAAAGCCUUCCUCUCCGGCUCCUGCCCACUCAAAUCGCACUGCCCCGACCGGCACACCACCCCCGCCGGGACCACCACAACCGGCCACGGCGGCGGACGAGAGGGUGGUGGAGGAUUUGGAUCAUUAGUCUGCAAGCACUGGCUGCGGGGCCUCUGCAAGAAGGGCUCGAGCUGCGAGUUCCUGCACGAGUACAACCUGCGCAAGAUGCCCGAGUGCAACUUCUUCGUGCGCAACGGGUACUGCAGCAACGGCGACGAGUGCCUGUACCUGCACAUCGACCCCUCCUCGCGCCUGCCGCCCUGCCCCCACUACGAGCGCGGCUUCUGCCCGCUCGGCCCGCGCUGCGACAAGAAGCACGUGCGCCGCCGCCUGUGCCCGUACUACCUCGCCGGGUUCUGUCCCGAUGGGCGGGCCUGUCGUGCGGGCGCGCAUCCGCGCUGGCCGAAGGAGGGGGAUCUGGAGAAGCCGAGGGUGAAGGAGGAGAGGCCGAAGGAGGAGAUGGCGGCGGAGGAGAGGGAGAGGGAGCGGGAGAGGGAGAUGCAGAUGCAGAGGGAUAUGGAGAGGGGUGGGAGGGAUAGGGAUGGGGAGAGGGGUCAUGAUGGGCGGCAUAAAGAUCGGUUUGGUGGUGGGAGAGGUGGGAGGUGGAGGGGGAAGGGCGGCCGGUUCCGGGGGAGGGGCCAUUAGAGAGGGGGUCGCUUUACGGAGUCAUCCGCGAGAUUGGGCACCGGUUAGAGACUGUAGUGGUUAUUGCCAUUCGGUUCCCUUGAUACAUGUGUCUGUCUCUCAUCAAUAUAAUUAUGUAUGG